ACGAAAGUUCAAUGUGUGGAUGAGUGCCCAUCAACCGUGUAUAUCGCUCAAUUCAUGAGCCGGUCAACCUCAUCCACACAUUCAUUCAUUCAUUCAGGCACGUACACACCAAGAGAGUCUGUAAGCAAGUCUGUAUGGACACGGACAUGCAAAUGGAUGUAGUCAUUGCAGUGAGGCCAGGCAGAGGACCACUAUCACAUAUGUACACACCGCCGCCAACCGGCCUGCCUGCCUGUCUGCCCGUCGCGACAGCCAUCCAUCCAUCCAUCCAUUCAUCGAUCUGCCAACCUCAGUCAGACCCGCUCGCUCACUCAAAGGCCGCCCUUCGAAACGACAACAAGGAAAGUGGCUGUCCGGCCGGAUGCACUCACUCACUGCACUGCACUGCACAGCCGCAGCUAGCUGUCCCUCCCCUCCCUCCCUGUCCCCAUCUCUGUCUAUCUGUCUCUGUGUACGUGCAAUCAGUUCUGAGUCGCUCGAUCGGUCAGGUGCCCUUUGGCCGCCACACUUGACGUGUCCUCUGUCUGUGUCGGCCGGUGUGCCCCUUGCCCGCCCUCAUCGGCCGUCUGUCGUCUGCAUCUGCGCCCUGGUGUUGUCUGGGUCUGUCUGCCGGACGGGGCGGCGGUGUGUGCGUGGUUGUGUCGCUCGUGUGGCUGCCGGUGCUCCUCGGUGAGGCUUUCUCGUUGGGUGAGUGGCUGUGGGGCGACUCCGGUGCGGGCGAUGACGGACAGCACUUGAGUGGUGUUGGGAGGGGGGCGGGGUGGGCUGGCGAGGGUGAGGCCAUGGGCGUCUGUUUGGGGGCGGAUGGCAUGUCAGAUGGAGCAACAUUUGGUUGGGCGGCGGUGGGCUCUGAGGGGUCGGUGGGCGGCGACAGCCAGGGAUGCUUCAGCGCAACAUCGGCUGACAGAACACAUCACAUCAAUUAAUGAGCUCACUCAGCCACCGACCUGACCAGCGCGUGUAAGUGCGUUCGUUAAGUUACCUGAGGCGACACGGUCCCGUUUGUCGUACGCCAGGAGUCCUCUGAUGAGGCUCUUGGCCUCCUCGGACACACCAUCGCUGCGACGGAACUUGACGCCCUGCACACAACACAACACACAACACACACAACAGACGUACACACACAGACGUAGGGCUGGCUGGCUGGCUAGUUUGGUGGACUGACUGACCUGCCUCAUCUGAGCGAGAGCCUCUUUGGCCCUCUUGCCGCGGCUGUCGAUGCGGAACGGAAAGCGGCGGGUCAGCAUGGCGUAUCUGACCACACCACAACACACACAGAGAGUGACACAGACACCAAUCAGCUCAGCUGGUCAUCCAGCUGUCUGUCGCUCUAUGGUGUGUUUAGGUGUGAGUGUUGUGGGCUCACAUGACGACGCCCAUGGCCCAGAGGUCGCUCGCUGGCGAGUAGUCCAAAUCUGUCAGGCACUCCGGCGCCUGAAGGGUUAAUGCAAGAAGGGAAGGCGCCCACCCACACCAACACUUAGUCAAGUGCAGUGAGUGAGUGAGUGAGUGAGGUGUGGUCAGACAGACAGACGUACUAGGAACUCGGCCGUGCCGCAGAGGUAUCUUGGCUUGCCCAUCUGGCUCGUGAGUGCGUUGUCGAAGUCGAUGAGCACCACCCGCCGGCCGGCCGUCAUGAUGUUCCGUAGCGACACGUCGCCAUGAGUUAUCUGAAGGCAUCCCACACACACACACGACACACACAGAGAGCGAGAGAGAGGGCAUAGAGAGGGGCGGUAGCCACCACAUGGUGCGUGUGGGUGGAGUGCAGUGCAGUGGAGUGCGUCCGUACCCCGGCGUUGUGCAGUUUCCUGAGCCCUCUGAGCGCCUCUGCGGUGAUGUGUGUGGCCUCGUUCUCUCCGCCAAUGGGCCGCUGGAUGUCCUUGCCGUUGACCCACUCCAUGAGCACAUAGAACGACUGUGCGUCCUGGAAGAGGCCCGCGACGCUGCAGGUGGUCCUGCCCCACGGCACUGCCAAAAUGGCGGCGUACUUGGCCUUGAGCUCCUCCUCGGUGAACAGAGAGCUGGCGUCGCUGCAGGCAAGGAUGUGCGACACACACAGGUGCAAGGACCAGUCGGUGUGGCGUGUCGAUGUGAGCCGCCCAAUGAGUGACUAACUGACUGACUCACCGGUAGAAGUCCCUGGGGAUGACUUUGACUGCACUGUAGCAGCCCUUGAAGACCGAACUCUCAACCUUGUAUAUGGACCCAAUACUGUUUGAUGACACACACACACACAGAGGUGUGGAUGGCAAUCGAACGUUGACUGUCUGUCUGGUCAUUGUGUCGGUCGUCCUUGCUGACCCGCCGCAGUCCGCCGCCCUCGCCGCGCCGCCGUCCGUCCGAUAGCCAUUGAGCCGCAACAUGUCUUUGAACGAAGCGUACGUCUGCAUUCACACAAUACACACACGACAAACACACAGACUGCCACUCAGUUGAUGCACUCAUUCCUCCCUUCUUGAUGCACUCAUUCCUGCCCUCACUGCAGUCAGUCUCACUGCAGGCGGGCUCACUCACCUUGAACGGCCGCACCAGUCUCAGCCGUCGCUCAAUGCUGUCCUCUGCCGCCGCCCCCUGACCCAUUUCUACCGAUGCCAUCGUCGACUCGACGAGGGAUGAAAAUUGGUGACGGUGGUAAGCCAAAGCGAAUCUGUAUCGCUCCAGCGGCUCUCUUGCAAUAAACACGACAAACGAACCAACACAGAGAGAGGCUUUGGAGAGAAGGAAAGCCACAACAACGAUGAGAGCCAAAUCACC